AUGGGCCCCUGUACCGCCUCCUCAUGCUGCUGCCAGGCCCGUAAUCUGCCAUGGGCCCCAGUACCGCCUCCUCAUGCUGCUGCCAGGCCCGUAAUCUGCCAUGGGCCCCUGUACCGCCUCUUCAUGCUGCUGCCAGGUCCAGAGUGUCUCAUGGGUCCCUGUACGGCCUCCCAUUGCUGCUGUCUCCAUCGCCACACUCUGCCAUGUGCCACUUUCAGGUCUCCUCACACUGCUGGUGGGUUCCAUUUUUGUCAUAGGGUGCUGUAUGGCCUCCCAUUGCUGCUGCCUCCACCGCCACACUGUGGCUCCACACUCUGGUUUUGGCCCCGUGACUGCCCAAAUGAGUGAAGUGUGCGGUGAUUCUAAGAUCGACGGCACUCAUCUGCAUGUCAUACUGACUGACAGUAUUAUUUCUCUUCCCCAGCAGACUCCAAGGGCAUUUAAAUUAAAGGUACAGUGUUCUGCACUAAUAUGA